GAAAUGGGAGAGAAGAAGAAAAGGAGGAGGUGGAUAAGGAAGGAGGCGAACAAGGUGAACCAUCCAACGACACACUGUCUGUUCAUACAAGGUUUGCAUUCUGACCUGCAGGCCAAUGUAAGUCGUGUUGAGUGACUGCGUGUGAAAGAGGACACAUGAGAGCUUAUUACAACAUCAACAACAUCAUCAACAACAACGGGGGAAUUCUUACUUCAUAUUGGAUGGCAGCACAAAAAUAUAUUCUUGACUCGGCUUGCAUGGAGGAUGCUGGGAUAACAUCUUCACUCAUGAGGGCUUUUCUCUGGUGACCUCAGGGACCACUACCAUCCUCAUGUCCAAUGGAGGAGGCUUUUAUGGACGCACUGAGCGUGUCCGCCAGUCGCCGUACUACGACCAGGUGCCACUGGGCUCCUUACCACGAGCAGACUCCUACGAUCCACUUCCGCUGAGAGAGCAGAGAGACACUCGCCUCGCUCAGAGCGCCGACCCCCUCCCUCCUCCGCCUCUCCCUGACCACCCCCCCGUGGGCCCAGAGUUAAAUCCCAGCGUCAGUGAGGACAACGGAGACCCGGACGACCCCGCCUUAGAUAUCAAACCCGUCCACCGCUUCGUCCCAGACUCCUGGAAGAACUUCUUCAGAGCAAGUGACCGCAGCAGUAAGCAGGCGUGGUCAAUGCCUGACUCGUCAUGUAACAACAACAACAGCACCAGUGACGGGGUGCGCUGCUCUCCUCCACAGUCCCCGGUCCCUGGGUCCUACCGAGAUCCUUUUGGGGGCUCGGGAGGCAGCUACAACUCACGCAAGGAGCUUCUGGAACUACGGGAGGGCAAUGAGUCCUUGUCGGGGCGCACCCACCGCACAGGUCUGACCUACAGCGAGCGGGUGGAGGAGUACCAUCAGCGCUACGACUACAUGAAGUCCUGGUCAGGGCUGCUGAGGAUUCUGGGAUGUGUGGAGCUCCUGCUGGGGGCCGCUGUGUUCGCCUGCGUCUGCGCUUACAUCCACAAAGACAACGAGUGGUUCAACAUGUUUGGAUACUCGUCUCCUGGAGCAGCGUACGGAGGAGGAGGGUUAUAUGGCGGAGGCACAGGGGGGUCCUACUACUCGGGCCCCAAGACCCCCUUUGUGUUGGUGGUGGCAGGGCUGGCCUGGCUGGUGACUGUGAUCAUGUUGGUGCUGGGGAUGACCAUGUACUACCGCACCAUCCUGCUGGACUCCAACUGGUGGCCUCUGACCGAGUUCACCAUCAACCUGGCGCUGGCUUUGCUUUACAUGGCUGCAGCCAUUGUCUAUGUUCGAGACACGACUCGCGGAGGGCUUUGCUCCUUGCCGAUCUUCAACAAUGGCAUCAACGGGGCGUUCUGCAGAACAGAGGCAGGCCAGACGGCAGCCAUUAUCUUCCUGUUUGUCACCCUGAUUGUUUAUCUGAUCGGAGCCAUGGUGUGUCUCAAGCUGUGGAGACAUGAAGCUGCACGCAGAUACCGGGAGAAAUACGGCGAGGAGGAGAUGCGUCCCUCGGACAUAAGAGCUACACACUCAUUGAUGGUUCCAGAUUCAGCUCCCAUUCCCAAAGCUCCAGAGCAGGUGCGAGGCUCCUCAGUGGUUCCCAUCCACGCCGCUCCUAAAGCCAUCCCACCUCACAUUCUGCAGGGAGCUAUACCAUCAGGACACAUCCCAAAACCUGUCAUCGUGCCUGACUACAUUGGUAAGUACCCGACGAUCCGCUCAGAGGAGGAGAAGGACCAGUACCGAGCCGUGUUCAAUGACCAGUACGCAGAGUACAAGGAGCUCCACGCGGAGGUGCAGGUCACCGCCAAGAAGUUUGACGAGAUGGACGCCAUGAUGCGCAGUCUGCCCCAGAACCCUUCCACCCAGAUGGAGGUUGAUCGCAUUAACAGAAUCCUUCAGGAUUACCAGAAGAAGAAAAAUGUGAGCCGAUUCUCUUUUUUCGCUGUUUUGUAUACAGUGUUGUUCUGCUGCCCAUGUUGAUAUGUUCUUAAUAGAUACUU